AUGAUGACAGACACCCAAUUCAAACUGCGCCCGAAACCAAUCGCAUUGAGCUCAUGCUCUCUCUACUUGCAAAAACUGCUACGUGGCGUGCAUAGGGAUUCUGGCAAGCCGUCUAAAUUCACCGAAAUGUAUCAACAGAACACAUUCGAGGUUUUCUGCAUGGCAAAGCUCUUGCUCUCUUUUGACAUCACAAUUCUCCUUCUUGCUGUACUUCGGCUUCAUGUGCACGCCACAGCUUUGCCAAGUGCCGAGGAGGUUCGCAGAGGUGCAUUCGACUUUGGCGCAGCUUUCGAAUGUCCAGAGGAAGUUAAUGUCGACGAGAUCUUUACCUGCCAACUACUUGUCUCCAGAGGGACCCACAUAAGGGCUGUCGUGCAGUGGCAGGGUCAGCCACCGUUUGUCCACGAAUUCACGGAAACCAAUACCGAGACGAUCGGAUUGGUGUCACUAGACGACGGGCUAAACGAGGAGAACAUGACCUGCAGCUCCAACACCAAACUGCCAAUCAACAACGGUGCCCUUCACGAGGGUGAACUCGUGUCGCUGCGGAUUUCUUCCAGAGGUGGAGAGGUGUCGAUUUACCUCCAACGAUACGUUUGUGCGGAAUUUGAAAUUGCUGACAUUCUUGAAGCAACUUGCUACAACAAAAAGAAGGCCACUGCUAAAAACAUCGAAGUAAUGCAAGUUAUGACCUCAAGCACGCAGAUCACGGAGGUGACCUUGCAGCCGCCAUGGACUGUGCAACAAAACGACAGACUCUAUUUCGGGCCAUCGGACGUCCUCAACUGCGUCACCUCUGCUAAUCGCGCGCCUGAUAAGUCCGGCUUUUUAGAGUCCACGUCUUCUAUACCCGCGGUAUCAGCAACUCUGCUUCUUCCCAAUCGAGUGAAAUUUACGAGUAAAUUUUCGAGUCCCGGCAUCUAUUCUGUCAUCGUAUUGUUGGAACCCUACGCGUGGAGUCAGCAGGCUCCAAGUAGACGCCUUCAACAAGUGGUGCGUGUCAUUGGUCCGCCUAGAGAGGAACCACUGACCCUCUAUCCCACCACGUCUGCGGCGAGUACCACGCAAGACCUUCCAGCAGAGGUGCGUGCAACCUAUCAGGAGUUCGGACCGAUUCCAGGCUUCGAUGUCACCUUCGACACCAAUACACCAAAGCGACUGCUGUUCUCGGUGACGGCUGACACGACAUUCCACGGCAGCCUUGAAAUGACAGGCUCCAACUUCGAAGGCGUCUUCAAGCACACCUGCACACAGCAGUCCGGUGCGUGUGUCGGAGAAGUUACGGGUCGCGUUAUCCGAACAGGCAGCCACAUGGUUUGUGUGGAUGGUGUCACGGACGCACACCAGAAGGCGAAUGUCUGCAAAGCCGUGUGCGUUGUCGGCCCGCUUGGAUCCAUCGAGCUCUACAUAGAUCAGGCCACCGCGAUGGUGAACAAGGAGACGAUUCUACGCACGCGUCCAUUGACUGGGGACUACGAUCCACGCCUGAACUACAGCCUCGACUUCGGCGAUGGAAGUGGUCGUGUGACAGGAGAAAAACUCGAUGAAAGGGUCGUGUUCCGGCACAUCUACCGGAAGCCCGGCUCCUUCGAGGCCAUCUUGCUUUUCGACAGUGGAGAUCGAUUCAAAUUGCUCGUGGUUGCCGAUUACGCCAUCGAAGAUUUCACUUAUUCCUUGCCUAAUGGAAAUACCACGAAUGUUGGCGGAAGCCUCAACGUGACGGCCAGUUUUCGGUGUCCGGCGCCAGUGCGAAUUAAUCUCGUGUCCCUUGAUGGCACAGUCGUCUUUGAAGGCACAGGUACAGUUUGCGUCUUUGUACGGUCAGUUUGA